UGAAGUUCUAAAACUUUUGUUAAACUUUAUAAACCGUAGUUGUUCAAGCAUGCAUAACACCCACACACUACUGCCAUAUUGAACACAUUGCGAAUUCCACAAUAACAAGGAAGUACUGACAGUGUGUAGCUAGUUACAUUGUAGUAGGGUGAUUACCAAACUAAGAUGAAGAAAUAUAUUCAGUGCAGCAUCAUUGCAUUAAUAUUGGUGGUUGUUGGUUGUAAAGGGGUUAUCAUUAGCCUACCAGCAUAUGGUGACACUGCAACAAGAGCACUUGGUAUAAGCAACCUUAAGAUAUCAACAACAAUAUCAACAACUGGUGUUUCUAGCUGUGGAUGGAGAUAUGGGGGAGAGUUUGAUGUUGGUGGAUUUUAUUCUGGGACAUUUGUUAGAUGUUAUAACUACACUGGUGUAAAUGAAACAAUCACUUGUGUUAACAAUGCUGGUACAGUGACAUCACAACUAACAUUGUUACAACCACAAUACAAGGAUUUGAAUAUAAACAUGCAAUGUUCUCCAUCACCAAGUUAUUCAGUGAAUAUUGUUUUUAAAGCAUGUCCGACUAGUAUUAUAUCUCCUGGUGUGAUCCUGUCUAAGCAAAGCACAUCACCAUGUGGAUAUGGAUGUACAGCAAGAUUUAGUUGUGCUGCUGGAUAUACUGGGAACACAGUGGAUGCAACUUGUAAUGAGCAAGCUACUUGGAGUCCUGCACCUAACUGUUCACUUGUUUAUGCGUAUUUAACAAUCAAUCUGCCAACGACUAACAACAAAACAACAAGAGCACUUGGUAUAAACAACCUUAAGAUAUCAACAACAAUAUCAACAACUGGUGUAUCUAGCUGUGGAUGGAGAUAUGGGGGAGAGUUUGAUGGUGGUCAUUUUAUAUUAGUGCAUAUGUUAGAUGUUAUAACUACACUGGUGUAA